AGGGAGCCGUAGAUGCCGGUACGUCGAAGGUCAGCAAGGGGAGGUGGGGGUUUCCUAGACUGAAACGAGAAUGUCGUAAAAUUUAACAUGCUUUAGCAGUUAUACGUGCUGCAAGGGAGAGUUUAGUCAGAAGCCGUCAGUUGUAUGUAUCGCAAGUGAUUUUAUGUGUGCAUUCUGUGAAAGAAAGCAAUUAAAGGAAUACAGAAGAAUGGAGGAGACCAUGUCCGUUUUGUCCUACAGCGCGAUCCCUUCAUAAGCGCUUGGAAGUGAAUAGCGCAGGGCCUGAUAGACCGGGGGUCUGUGUGACACCUUUAAUGUGCCAAGAAAUCAAGAUACUUUUACAAAUCCUUUAAUAAAUAACCGCUGACAUAAUGAGGAAGGACGUCCGGAUAUUACUAGUGGGGGAACCCAAAGUGGGGAAGACAUCUUUGAUCAUGUCCCUGGUCAGCGAGGAGUUUCCUGAUGAGGUUCCUCCGCGAGCCGAAGAGAUCACGAUUCCCGCUGACGUCACUCCGGAGAGAGUCCCUACACACAUAGUGGACUAUUCAGAAGCAGAACAGUCAGAUGAACAGUUAUUCCAGGAAAUAUCCAAGGCCAAUGUAAUAUGCAUAGUGUACGCAGUCAACAACAAGAAGUCCAUUGAGAAGGUCACCAGUCACUGGAUUCCCCUCAUUGCGGACCGAACGGACAAAGAUAGCAGGGUGCCCCUAAUCCUGGUGGGGAACAAGUCGGACCUGGUGGAGCACAGCAGCAUGGAGACCAUCCUGCCCAUCAUGAAUCAGUACAGCGAGAUUGAGACGUGUGUGGAGUGUUCCGCGAAAACCUUGAAGAACAUCUCGGAGUUGUUUUACUACGCUCAGAAGGCAGUCUUGCAUCCCACUGGACCCCUGUACUGUCCGGAGGAGAAGGAGAUGAAGGCAGCAUGUGUGAAAGCCCUGACCCGCAUCUUCAAAGUGUCCGACAUGGACAACGAUGGCCUCCUCAGUGACCUUGAGCUCAACUUCUUCCAGAGAACGUGCUUCAACACCCCACUGGCGCCUCAGGCUCUGGAGGAUGUGAAGAAUGUUGUGAGGCGGAACAUGGCAGACGGGGUGCGAGACAAUGGACUCACGCUGAAGGGUUUCCACUUUCUGCACACCCUCUUCAUCCAGAGGGGCCGGCAUGAGACCACGUGGACCGUGCUGCGGAGGUUCGGUUAUGAUGAUGACCUCGAGCUCACACAGGAGUACCUCUUUCCACCGUUGAAAAUCCCCCCGGACUGCACCACGGAGCUGAACCACAACGCUUACCUGUUCCUCCAGAGUGUGUUUGACAAGCAUGACAAGGACCGGGAUUGUGCCCUGUCCCCUGACGAGCUGAAGGACCUGUUCUCCGUCUUCCCCUACAUGCCCUGGGGCCCUGACGUCAACAGCACAGUGUGCACCAACGAGCAGGGCUGGAUCACCUACCAGGGAUACCUGUCACAGUGGACGUUAACCACCUACCUGGAUGUGCAGCGCUGCCUGGAGUACCUGGGCUAUCUUGGUUACUCGAUCCUCUGUGAGCAGGAGUCCCAGGCUGCUGCCCUCACAGUCACCCGUAACAAACGCAUCGACCUGCAGAAGAAGCAAACUCAACGCAACGUCUUUCUCUGCAAUGUGUUCGGGGCCCGGGGCAGCGGCAAAAGCGGCUUCCUGCAGGGCUUUCUGGGCAGGAACCUCAUGCGUCAGAAGAAGAUAAGGCAAGAGCACAAAUCGUACUAUGCCAUCAGCACGGCUUAUGUGUACGGCCAGGAGAAGUAUUUACUGCUGCACGAGGUCCUCCCGGACGCCGAGUUCCUGUCUGAGACUGACCUCUCCUGUGAUGUCGCUUGCCUGCUCUAUGACGUCAGCAAUCCCCGCUCCUUUGAGUUCUGCGCGAGGCUCUACAAGAAUCACUUCAUGGACAGCCGGACGCCGUGCCUGCUGGUGGGGGCCAAGGCCGACCUGCCGGAGGUGCGUCAGCAGUACAGCCUGUCUCCGCUGGACUUCUGCAGGAAGCACAAGCUGCACGCCCCCCAGCGCUACACCUGCAACACGGCCGACGCGCCCAGCCGCGACAUCUAUACCAAGCUCACCACCAAGGCCAUGUACCCCCUCGCCCAGUUAAGCUGCAUGUGCACCUGUAACAGGUGCACGUUUUGCAUCUGUCAGAAGCUGCUACGCUCAGAGAUGCUGCAGCGUGUAAAGAGCACACUCUACAGCGCAGUGACGAACAGGUCUUCAUUUUCUUAUCUCUGGAUGGCUUUCUCUCUCUUACUGAUGCAUGUUUUUGCCUCCUGUUGACUAGGGUUCUGUGCUCUCUUUUGCCGUUAACAUUGUGCUGCUGAUUUUUAAGGCCCAUACCUGUAGUACCACCCCCCUCUACCCCCCUUCCCCACGUUAAGCGUCCCUCUCUUCUCUGGUACUUUCCCUGUCUGCAUGGGACAUUCCCGCUUUGAGAACCACAGUUUUCUUUGAGGUAAAUGCCUCAAAUGUAAGUGGUUCUUCUGCAUUUGAGUCUAAAUUGCUGCUGUGUGACGUCGGCAGACCUUGCAAUGUGGCUUGACGAGAAGUUAGGCUGCGGAUGGAUUGUGUUUUUUUUUGGGGGGGAGUGGUGGCUGUGAGAUUGGAGAUAAUGCUAGUAUAAGGGUUAAACUUUGACUGAUUGGUUUCAGCAUACUGGUUUUUAUUUUCUCAAGGGUUUGGGAGGGACGCAGAGGGGGUGUCUACAGGAAUACAAAGCUGGGAUUGUGUCACUUCGAAACCAGUAUGCAACUGGUGCAGCCAGUAUGAACUAGCACCGCUUGGGUUAACUGGUAGCUAUCGGAGAAGCGGGUGGUGUGAAACUGAAGCCGUGGUUGUGGGGAGCGCAGUGCACUCGGCGGGCGGCCAGCCGGGGAAUGCCCCGCUUUAACACUUCCUCUCACCCUGGACCCAUUAACCCUGAAGUCUGAGGUCCUUUAAUGCUUUUUUUUGGGGGGAGGGGUAGCAUUAUUUGGGGAUGCAUGCUGCUAAAACAAGGACUCGGGGGUUCGCAUGCCACACUGAUCUGGGAUGCUGCUCUCCCCCUUAAAUGGGGAGACCUCCCAGAUUCGGUCUUCAGUGCCUGGCUCAGAUUGUCUCUCUCUGACACGAUGAUGAUGAAGAUGAUGAUUAAUGAUGAUGGUCAUAGACGCAGAUGACUUGAGCUUGCAGUGUGGUGUGUGUCGCCCGCUGGGUUGGUGUGAGCCACCCAGGUGGGUGUGGCUGCUGAACCGCCUUUGUGUGUGUGUGUGUGUGUGUGUGUUCGUGCGUGUACCCGCACGUGUGUAAGGUUGAGACCCUGCCUGGACGAGCUAGGUGCCUUUCUGCUGGCUGAUCAGGAGUCCAGCCUCACGCAGCAGGUUCACCCUGUUGUCCAUGUAGAGGAGUCCAUCUACAUGGAGUCGUCUGUGGACCCCUUUGUGUCCA